AUGCCGAUUUUGGUCUGGGGCCGCUGGCCGGAGGAUGGCGCAGCCUACGACUCCACUGACAAAUGGAAAAAGCAAAAAGGGGACCAACGCGAGGAAAGGCUCACCAUUGCGCUGCUGAUCCCAGCCAGACAGACAGACACCCAUGAAGCACACAUCACAGCACAGCACACAACACACCACGCUCACACAGGCUUGCUCACUCUCUGUCGCUCCCUUGGCCCUGAGGACCCUGUCUGUGCCUGCCUGCGGUUGCGGUCAGCGAGGCACCCCCAGGGUGGAAAAGCCAGCAACGGGACAUAA